ACUAUUAAACCCGGCUCUGGGUGGCCGCGCUAUAAACCUCGCCUGCCCCCUCGGGUCCGCCGCACAGACUCGAGUCGUCUUCUUCCUCUGCUCCUGCUCGGAUCCCCUACCCUGCUCCUCACCCCAACCCCCCCUCUCGCGGCGCGGCACGGCAGAGAGGAGUCGGCGGAGAUGUCGGGCGUGACGGCGGACGAGGACAAGAAGCCCGCGGGCGACGGCGGAGGCGCCCACAUCAACCUCAAGGUCAAGGGGCAGGAUGGCAAUGAGGUUUUCUUCCGCAUCAAGAGAUCCACACAGCUGAAGAAGCUGAUGAACGCCUACUGCGACCGUCAGUCUGUGGAUCUCAACUCCAUUGCUUUCCUUUUUGAUGGUCGUAGGCUCCGUGGUGAGCAGACCCCUGAUGAGCUUGAGAUGGAGGAAGGCGACGAGAUUGACGCCAUGCUUCACCAGACCGGAGGGGGCUUUCCUCGCCCUUAGAAGGAGCUUGCUGCAGCCUGGCUGUUCUAUGUCGUAUGCUACCUUUAGAACUAGAGUAAAAUGUAAGAAGUGAAAGAACUUGCGAGGCUAUGAUUCUGUGCCAUAGCCUGAGGGGGGGUCUGGAGGUGAAAGAACAUCGGAGUACUGUUGAUGUCGUGACUGAACUAUCAUCCAUUGCCUAAUAUAUCAUGCCUUGUUGUGUUCCCAA